CAUGUUCACAAUUUUUUCUUUCUCAUUCACAUGCUAACAAAAAAUGGGAAAUUCAUUAGCAUGUUUUUCUAAGAAAAAUCAAACUACAAAAAUUAGAAAAAAAAUCAACAAAAAUAAUAUUCCUAAUACUAGAAGAUCAUCAUCUAAUGGUCGUCAUAUUCCUCCUCCUCCAUGUAUCUCCAGAUCAACUAGUCGAAAAUCGGAUAGAAUAAUCUAUCCGAAUUCUUCUAGAAUAAUUGAUCAUGAUAUUGAUCAUGAUUAUAUUCGAGAACAAGCUCGAGUUGCAGCAACUUUGUUGCUGCAACAUCAUCAUCAAAACGGAACGUUCAGUCAAUUUGAACGUUCCGUUUCUCUUAGAGAUCCUUUAAAUUGUUCUUCAAGGAAGCAAAAGAGAAAUUAUAAUAAUAAUAUUAUGCCAAGAAGUUCAAGUUCUCGACGUGCUAGAUCAAUGUCUGAUUCACUUCUUCAUCAGGGUACUACAAAUGUUGAAGAUUUGAAUCAAAAACAUUUUGUUCUAGUACAUGGAGGUGGAUUUGGUGCUUGGUGUUGGUACAAAACUACAACACUUCUCAAAGAAUCUGGAUAUCAUGUUGAUGCAAUAGACUUAACUGGUUCUGGUGCACAUUUUUUUGAUUCCAAUAACAUUUCUACUCUCUCACAAUAUGUAAAACCCCUCACUGAUUUCCUUGAGAAAUUCGACGAUGAUAAAAAGGUUAUAUUAGUCGGACAUGAUAUAGGGGGAGCUUGCAUUUCUUAUGUAAUGGAAUUGUAUCCUUCAAAAGUGUCUGCAGCAAUUUUCGUUGCUGCAGCAAUGUUGAAGAGUGGACAGAGUACACUCGAUAUGUUCUCUGUACAGCUUGGAUUGAACAAUUUAUGUCAACGCGCUCAAAUUUUUCGUUAUGCAAAUGGGAAGGAUCAACCUCCAACAUCAAUAGAUUAUGACAAGUCAUUGAUCAAGGAAGUAUUAUUCAAUCAAACUCCUACUAAGGAUGUUGAAUUAGCAUCAGUAUCAAUGAGACAAGUUCCAUUUGGACCAUUAACAGAGAAACUUUCACUUUCUUCAACAAAUUAUGGUUCAAUUCCAAGAUUUUAUGUCAAAACACAAGAUGAUUUUGCAAUUCCUGCAUCUCUUCAAGAAGUUAUGAUAGAUUCAAAUCAACCAGAACAAGUUUUCCAGAUUAAAGGAUCCGAUCAUUCGCCUUUUUUAUCGAAACCUCAAGCUCUACACAAGAUUUUGGUAGAAAUUUCAAAUAUUUCUCCAAAAAUGAAUCUCAAAACCAUCUAAAAAAAUAGAUGAAUAUUAGUAAAGAUCACAAUUUUUUUCCCCCAAGACAUGUUCCUAUAUAUGUACAUACCAAAUACAUGAUCAUCACACACUUAUAUAACAUGAAAUAUUUUUGAAAA